AUGGCGUCGUCGAGCGGUGAGCGAGGCGAGACGGCGCGGGAGGCGCGGGAAGAGCGGGAAGAGACGUCGAACUUGAUGACGCGGCGCGCGCGCGCGCGGACGCUGGCGGUUGACGCCGUCGCGUUCGGGUUGAUGUUCUCGCUCGGGACGUGGCUCGAGGUGGCGGAACCGAAUCAAAAGUACAUUCAGCAAGAGAUGCUGUGGCGGUACAGUUAUCCGCACAAGGAGAACACGGUGCCGACGGUGGUGGUGCCGAUCAUCUCGUUUUUGAUUCCGCUGGCGUGCAUGCUCGCGGUUCCUAGGAGCUGGAACCCACACGUGCGGAAAGAGCGAGCCAUCGGCGGCUUGACGGUCAGCGUUGGUCUUACGUGGGUGGUGACGUGCGCGAUGAAGAACAUCAUAGGGAACAUUCGACCGGAUUUCGUCGCUCGGUGUUGGCCAGACGGGAACAUCGUGUGGGCGUCUGCAGGGGUGCCGAAGUGCUCGGGCGCGAACGACGACGUCCAGCAAGGACGUAGGAGCUUUCCGAGUGGGCACACGUCUAUGUCGUUCAGCGGUUUGUUUUACUGCUCGCUCUACCUCGCCGCUUGGUUCAGAGUCGGACGAGAAGAGCGUAAAUUUAGAAGGUGGGAGGCUGUGUGGAAAUUAAUCGUGGUUCUGGGACCGACUUUGCUCGCUAUGUUCGUGGGUUUGACGAGGAUCCGCGAUUACUGGCAUCACUGGGAGGACGUCCUUGUCGGUGCGACGCUCGGAACGACCUUCGCUUACGUGUCAUGGGUGUACAAGAAGCCGUAUGUGCGACCAUCUGGAUUCGGAUUUAACGAGAACUAUACACCGUUGGGACGAAGCGCCGAGGAUUUUUCUCUGGUAGACUGA